AUGGCAGUUGUCGACGAGUUGCCGGGUGUUGAGGUCACAAUCACCGUCGACGGCCAGGCACUGGAGGAAUAUCUCGAUGGUGAUGAACGCAACGAGCCCAAUGCGGUGACCAAGUUCGUCGAAGCGACGACCGGAAAGAAUUUCGAGAUUGUGUACCUUGUCCGCAAAGGCACCGAAUUCAGAGGAGACUGCAUGGCAUUCGCCAUUUCUGUGGACGGUUCCAGGAUGGGACGUCCACUAGUGAGAAAGGAGAGUUGUCUCGAUAAAGAUGCGAGCGAAAAUCUAAAGGGUGCGAUAGUCCCAGGUUGCAAGCUCAAGAAGUUCGAAUUCGUGGCUUUAGAGACAGGUAUGUUAGCCACGACGUAGCGAGGUAGCCCCUCAGAAUAACACGAUCACCAGUCCAAGAUGGCCAUUCAAGCUUCGAAGAGAUCGCGAAGCUUCAGGGAUUAGGCUGCAUCAAAGUUGAAGUAUUCCACAGAAUCAUCACAGGGGAGAGCUCAAAACAUAACCCACGGGUGGGAACUUUCCAGCCCGUUGAUUUCGUCCCUGAGAGAGCAGUAAAAGGCAAAGCGCUCACUCAGCAGGUCAAGUACGUGUCUUGUUCCCGAACUCGCAUCCUCGCUAAAGCAAAUGACUAGAUUGGGAGAUACGGUUCCUUGCGCGCCAAGUAUUAUGUACUCCAGCCGACCUGUUGAUGCUUCCGGAAAGCCGGCCGCUACAUUCAUGUUCAAUUACCGCACCAACAGUAAGUAGCGUAGAUCGAUCGUGCGGAUCCGGUACUGACAUGCUCGUAGAUGCCCUCAAAUCGUUGCUCAUCAUCCCACGUACCCCAUCUCCUGAGCCACCAACGCCGCUUCACCUCCGCGAUCCUACGACUCUGACACCGGCGGAGAUUGUCCUCUUACAGCAGGGCUUCGCUGCAGCUGCUAGUGAGAAGGUGAGUACGAGACAUUACAUGAUGUGAGACAUCUCGACUGACCAUAGGUAGGAGGCUAAAGCGGAGAAGAUGUCGAAGGUCAAGCGCGAGCACCCCGAUGACAGCGACGCUCCCCGUAAGAAGGCUGCUCGACCACAGGCUGGCAACACUCUACUCGAACUCGAUGAGGAGGGCGGUUUUCGAGAGUCGUCCAUAGCUACGCUCGGUGGGCAGGAGAGAGAGAUCAUUGAGAUUGACUAGCUAUCCCAAUCAUGAGGGUAUGUUUCGAGAGUCGUCCACGCUAACAAUCGGCUUGAAGGAGAAGGAGAUUUUUGCGAUUGACUAGCUAUCCCGAUGAGGAGGGUUCUUUUCGAGAGUCGUCCACAGCGGCGCAUGGCCUGGAGAAGAAGGAGAUGAUCGAGAUUGACUUGCCAGCUCCGACAAUCCGGCUCGACUACACGUGCCGGCACUCUUCAUAUGGAGCUUAAUAUCCAAAUGGCAACAUGUGCUACGUCCAGGAGCAUGAGAAUAGAAGCUUCUUCAACCCAACUUCUUACCGCAUUUGUUUUGUUCUUUCUUUUCUGACAACAUCAAUGAUACACAGCUCCGACAGCUACCGACACGCCCAAAUUUCUUUCUUUCAACGACAUCACCGCGCUGUUCAGGAUGGUCCUCUUUGAGAUUCGCGAUGUCACAGAAGUUCGUAUCGACGUCGACGGCGAGCCGCUUCCAGAAUACACAGAUCAGGAAUUUCCAGAUCAACCCAACGCGCAGGACGUACAGAUUAUGCAGGAAUAG